AUGUUCAGCCGCUAUGCUUCCCUCCUGCCCGCUCUGGCUUCUCUGGCCUUAGCCUGGGCUCCUCCCUCAUACUCAGGGUACACGCUGCAGUGGAGUGACAGCUUUGCCGGCUCAACAGCAACGCUCCCUAACUCUAACAACUGGAACGUCAUCACAGGGAACCUAGGGGUGAAUGGCGAGCUAGAGACAUAUACUAGGUCAACCGCGAAUGUCCAGCUGAGUGGCGGCAGCACGCUGCAGCUGGUGCCUUUGAAGGACAGCUCUGUAUCGGGUGGGUGGACUUCAGGCCGUGUUGAGAGCAAGUACAUCUUCACGCCGAGCGCGGGAAAGGUAACACUUGCUGAGGCCAAUAUCCGGUUCGGCAGCAACCCUACCUCAAACAAACAGGGGAUCUGGCCCGCAUUCUGGAUCCUGGGGAACUCCAUCCGAUCAGGGACUGGGUGGCCCCAGUGUGGAGAGCUUGACAUCCUUGAGGCCAUCGAUGGCAAGCUGACGGGCUACGGCACCGCCCACUGUGACGUUAACCCAGGCGGCAUCUGCAAUGAGCCUAACGGCCUGGGGGGAAGCAUCACCAUUCCAGAUCAGUCAUGGCACACGUGGCGCAUGGCUUGGGACCGCACCCCAUCUAACUGGCAAUCCGAGACAAUCACCUGGUAUAUGGACGGCCAGAAGUUCCACCAGAUCACCGGGUCCCAGAUCGGCAACUCAGAUGUAUGGGCCACGCUGUGCCACGACCCGCUGUACUUCAUUCUCAACGUCGCUGUCGGUGGCUAUUGGCCCGGGAAUCCUAACUCGAACACCCUCGACGGCUACGGCAGCAUGAUGGAGAUCGGUUAUGUCGCCGUCUACGUGUCUUAA